GACCUAGUCAGAGCAAUGGGCAGAGAGAUCUCAGUUUAUAGGCCGUCUCUACACCUUACAGAGAAGACAUGUAACAUAAGGGCAACUCGUUAGCAGUCAUCGUUGGUGACGCAUACGACAUCUAGUCGACCACUCCGUGUCAAGUCGAUACAUACGUUACGGAGCGUCUCAGUCAGGAUAUCCCAUGCUACUCGCGCCGUGGUAUUGCGCGAUGACGAGGGCUAUGCAUAGGACUAACGCUGUACCUCCACCGAUCAUGUAGUAUGUCAAAAAGUGUACCUUAAAUACACAACCACGACAAUUCACUGAGCCAAGGUCGGUUGGCAGACACAACACUUGUGUGUGUUUGUGCGUGUGUAGGACCCCUGGGAAAAAAGUCUGUGCCAUGUAAAAUUACUCUUGCGCUUGAACGUGUUUUAUGCGUGUUUUACGCAUUAGUGCUUCAACUCAUGCUUACUGAGUGUUAUGUUUAUUUUUCUGAAUGUAACUUUUCUUUUCAUCAAAGAGAGUGUUAACAGUUGUGCAUGUUAGUACAUUGUGAGUCCACAUGCGUCUGUCAUCACGUUUCGCCAUAGCUAUUGUGUUAGCUCUUUGCGUCUGUAUUUCCCUAUACGGAGUUCUCAUAGGCAAAUUGGGCGUGGGCAAGUUCUACCAGGUGCCCCGAGAGGCCUUACAAAAAACAGGGGGCAACUAUGCCCGGGAAGCUGGAACGACAAGAAAGAGCGCUCUGGAGUCGGACUUCGUAGUGGCCGACAUCGACUUCAAGUAUGCCAAGCCACAGAACGGGGACAUCUUCCCGAAAACCCGACCUUUCCUGGCGAACGGCUUGGAAAGGGUCACGGUCACUGCGGAAGAUUUCCGAACGCAGCCUCACGUGCGGACAGGGAACGCUUUGAUAGAUGAGUAUGGGAAGAACGAUCUGCAGCGGAUGGGUGAGAAUGGACGUGGCGUUACGUUUGUUGGGGAAGAGGCCAAGGUGGUUCAGGGUCAUUUGGCUGCAUUUCAUGUGAAUGUCCUGGCCAGUGAUCUUAUUUCCUUACAUCGGACUGUACCUGAUUCUAGGCCCCAGGGAUGUAGUCACUUGAAAUACCCAAUCGAUUUGCCAACAGCUAGUGUCGUCAUUCCCUUCCACAACGAAUGGCCGUCGGUGUUAAUAAGGACGAUAUACAGUAUUCUCAACAGAAGCCCACGACAUUUGUUAAAAGAUAUCGUACUGGUUGACGAUGCUAGCGACAUGCCUGAGCUUGGUAAACCGCUCGACGACUACAUCUCCAAGAUGUUCCCGGAGGGCAUUGUUAAGGUCGUUCGUCUUCGGAGGAGAGCUGGCUUGAUCAAAGCAAGGCUGAUCGGGUGGAAACAGACCACUGGCAGAGUGCUGGUCAUUUUUGACAGUCAUAUGGAGGUGAAUCACUUCUGGUUAGAACCUCUGUUAUAUGAAAUUAAGCAGGACCGGCAGAUCGUGGCUCUGGGAACACUGGACUACAUCAGCGCGAAGACAUUUGAGUACGAGUUCCACUCAGACUACAUGACCAGAUACGGCUUUGACUGGCGCUUGGUAUUCUUUGAGACCUUCUUUCGGAGGGAUUUGACGUGGAACCUGUCUCCUGAUCAGGCUAGGGCAGGGGUGAUUACGGUGGGAACUGGUUUCGCUGUAGAGAGCGAUUACUUUGAAGAAAUCGGCUCCUACGAUGAGGGUAUGGAAACUUGGGGAGGUGAAAAUAUCGAACUCGGUUGGCGGGUGUGGAUGUGUGGCGGAAGGAUGGUCCAUGUUCCCUGUUCACAUAUAGGCCACAUAGCUCGUACACAGCCCUAUUCAUUUCCUAAAGGACGCAUGGAAACGGAAGUUCUGAACUACAAGAGAGCCAUAGACGUCUGGAUGGAUCCUCUGCACAAAAACUUGAUUUAUGACCAUUUUCCAAGUAUGAAAACCGUUGACGUCGGGGAUAUAAGUGAUCGACUGGAAAUAAAGGAGAAGCUACACUGUAAAAACUUCACAUGGUUCUUGGACACGAUAUGGCCAGAGCUCACUGUCUUCCCGGAAAAUGCUCAGGCCUGGGGAGGGGUUUCAAACCGGCACAUACCUCUUUGUUUGGACAACGAUGACUACCUUUUCCAGGCGGAGCAGCAGUUGUUCGCCAAAUCUUGUACUUACAAAGUCUCUUCACAGAGCUUUUCUUUGAAGGAAUCCGGACAGUUCAGAACCUCUUUACAGUGUGUUGUUGUCAAAGAAACGCGUGUUGCAUUAGAAGAUUGUCUGCUAGAACCUAACCAUGAAUGGAAACACGAAAAGAAUGGGCAACUGCUGCACGUAAAAUCCAACCUGUGCCUUGACCUUGAAGGAGAAAACCCCGUCAUGAAGGCCUGUGAUCCGUCCGCCAGCUUUCAAACCUGGACAUUUCAACACUAUAAAGCUUGACCUGCUGCUAAUCUUACCGUUUUGUCAUUGCAAGUCGCGGGAGAAGUAAGAUGGAUUUUUGGAAUCCUGCAUAGCGCUUGUUAGAACUAGCUGUGAUACCAACAACAGAUAGCUGUAUACUUUGUUUAUUUACAGUUUUUAUUUUACAUAAGAUCUUAAACAUAGCCACUAGCCGAAAUACUCAUUAAGUUUGGUGUAAAAUGACGAAUUUUCAAAGUAAUCAUGGUUACGAUGGUAAUGUGAUUCAUGUAAAGAAGUGACGUUUGUGAUUGAAAUGUGGCUGUUGGUCGUCUUUAUCUCAAACACAGAAUCGAAUUGGAUGGUACUGCUUAAAUUUUGGUCACAACAGCUUUCGCAAGCUAUGUAGUGCUUAGGAGUCAGGCAAGGGGACACUUGGAAUUGGUGAUGGAUGGGUGCUGAUAUUCCUCACUUUCACAGACGUCAUGGGCAAAGUCAUAACGACUACAGGUUAUACAGCGUAAAAAAAUUAGAUUAUACCGUGUUGAUUUAGGGCUCAAAACGAACCCUGGGCUGAUCUACGAUCUCAAGUGUCCACUCUCAGACAGAUUGGCGCGAUUUUUGUUUGUUUUGUCAUGCCAGAGAACAACGAAAGCUUCCUAUUAGAUCAGUUAACAGCUGCCAUUUUUUUUAGUUUGAAGCGUUCUAAGAAUCCGUCGCUUUCGCAAGCAUAGAUGAUCAUAUUUACCUUUUUCUGGUGUGCCGCCCAGAUGUGAUACGUGUGUCGCCCUCUUGUGAACAAUUUAUUCUUGUCCACCAUUUCGUACAGCCAUGUGUGAUGAAGAAUAAAUGUGUUAUCACCAGUGAUUUUGAAGUCAAACAUCAGCUAUUACACGUCAUUCCACUCAAGUAAACUUUUACUGUGAGUAAUUUCAGAAAGGGGCCAUCUGUUGCUAUAUAGAAUAAAAAGUUUAACUUUUUCAUUUCGUUUGAUGUGUGUUGAGAUUGAAACUUCUUGUGUUUAAUAACCAUGUAAAGUGAUAUCAUAUUUAUUUGGCAGACGAUAAUAGAACCUCAUAAGGGCUGUAUAUCGAAAGCUAUGGUUAAUUGGAUGCAAAAGUUUGUUUCUUUUUGUGCGGUUGAAGUUUAUAAUAAUAUCUUUUGUUGACAGCUAAUCUUCAAAUCUUAAGGUAACAUUACUGUGGAUUUAGUGUGAUGCCGCCUGAAGUGAGUAUGUAUUCUGUAUAAACAUCAACAGAAUUUUACUAUUCUUGUGUUUUCUGUUAUAUAAAAUAAACUCAUUUCAUGUCUCAUUAAUGAUUCCCAUAUUUUGUUUAUGGUGUUUUUGUAGUUUGGUCCUUUCACAACAGAUUUAACUAGUUAGGAUGAAUGAAUGGAAAGUAUUCACCGCAGAAACGCAAUGACAAUUGUAAAUUUUAUAAGUACAGUAUAGUGCUAUUCGGGGUAGGCCUAUGUCAUCGUGGUAAUCUGUUUUGGUUUGGGAUUGUAUUUUCUAGACAUCCAAACAGACAAUCGCAUCCCCGUCGUCAGUCAGUCAAACUGGACGUUCGCGGUCAAUAAUUGCAUGACGAAUUUCCAGAACAGCGUUCGACGCAAAUCAUCGAAGGAUGGAUUCAUCCAAAGAAAAGCAGUCAGCAGAACACUGAUCAUAAAUAAGGAAAGUAACUCCAGAGAAAUUCAUUUUGACGAUAUCAGUAUUUCGACUUCAAUUAAGUCAUCCUCAGGAGAAGUCUGCCAAGUGUAGCACGUUUUAACUGUAUAUACGUGUAUACAGUAGGCUCCCAAAAAAAAGCAUAAUUCACAAUCUCAUCUAAUAAGAUAAGCCUUGUAAUAAACAGUUAUGAUGUGAUUUUAAUCAGUAGGACAGAUUUGGCAGUAUAUACUACGAUGAAUUGAUUACUGUGCAGAGAACAAUAUGGCAUAACAGGCGGUAUCAUUUCACAGUUAACUGUCAAUAAAGUGGACAAUAAACAUGUACGUCAAUAAUACGUUAAGAGUAUAUUAUAGUU